AUUCACCACUCGCCCCGUCCUCUAUGCCGGCGAAUUCUCGGUCGGUAUGUAUCAUCGGUGCCGGUGCUGGAGGGUUAACUACGGCUCGAACUAUUCUCAACGAUGGUUGGGCUGAGAGGGUUGUGCUGCUGGAACGACGGUCUAAUGUUGGUGGAGUUUGGGAUUAUGGCCAAGUUGUCGGAGUGAAAAAAAGUGCGAUGUAUCACUCGUUGCACACUAAUCUCCCCAAAGAGGUUAUGCAAUUUCGAGACUUCCCGUUCUCACCAGACCUACCAUCGUUCAUACCGAGAGCAGCGGUGCAGCGGUAUCUCGAGGAUUUCGUGGACAGCAAUAGGUUGAGAGGAUUUAUCAAGUUUAACGCUGAGGCCGUCAGUGUUGAGAGAUCAGCAUUGACUGGUCGUGGCCAUUGGCGAGUCACAUGGAGAGAGUAUGAAUGCCAGAGACCAGAUGCUGCCCGAGCUCCUUCCUUUGUCUCGGAAGACUUCUCUGGAGUUUGCAUAUGCAAUGGUCACUUCGAUGUCCCACAUAUACCGGUGGAGUUUACCGCUCUCCCAAAUGUGGUUCAUUCUAGGGCAUAUGACGGGCCAGAGCCGUUUAAAGGACACAGAGUAUGUAUAGUAGGAACUGGGCCUAGUUCGGCUGAUAUUGCUUAUGAAGUUGGUAUGGUUGCGCUGUCAAUCACCGUGCUGGAUCGCCAUCACGAAGGUGAAGAUGUUGUUUUUGACAGAGGUACGUUGGUGAAACGACUGGACCGAACCGAGCUGUUGAGCUUCGAUACGGUCCUCCUAUGCACGGGCUAUGAGUACUCUUUCCCUUUUCUGGAGGGUGUCGGGACCGAUGUGGUUAAAGAUUUGCUGGAGCUCAUCAUGUGGUCUAGUGAUCCAACUCUAGCCUUCAUCGGGCUGUGUUCGGGAGUGAUACCAUUCCCGCUGAUGGAACUACAAGCGAAGAUCUACACCGAGUUCAUGUCAGGACGGCUUCCCCGGGAAAGCUUGAAGAAGUUUGAGCUUAUCAAGGAGAAUAAUAUAUUUGACAUGAAGACGGUUUGCCCUGAUUCGGGUCUCCCUUCGCGAGUCGUGUAUUGGCGUCGUUUGGUGGAUCUCCUUGAUGGGAAUGAUCAUCAAAUGAACCUCCGUCACUGGCGGUUGUGUACCGAAAUACACAAUGAUGUUGCUCAACGUAGACGGGACAAGUUGCCUUGGGAGCCUCCGACGUACCGGAAAGUUCAAUACAGAGUAGAGGCUAGAGGGGAAGAGUUGGUAUGGAGUGCGAUCGAGCCGGAAUCUGUACCUAUAUGAUCGUGUACCAACAGUAAAACCCAGGUUUUUUGCCCGGCAUCGAGUGUUAACGCGAUGUGAAGAAAGUAUUUUCUACCUUGCUGGCGU